UGGUUACUCGUAAGCUGGAACAACCGUGUUGCUGGAACAACGACUGUUGUUUUCCGGCCACGCGAGACUAAAGUAAGUUUCAUAUAUUCAUUCAUCGUAACACAUGCUGGCUAUCGCUCAACAACUCUUCCUAACACUGCUUUAUAGGCCAUGCCCUCGGUAAACUAGAAUUCCCGCGCCCGCUGUUAAUGUAAUUCAACUCAGUACUAAUUAGCAGCGCGUUAAACCAUAGUAUACUUAAAACAUCUUUUAGUAUACUCUGGUUAAACUGGAUACCCACAUUCCAUUAGAGCACGUACUGAUAUUUUUUCAGAACAUAGGCAUUACGCGUUUAUACGUUUAUAGAUAUUAAGCGUUUACUAGCAAUUUUCCCAGCACAAGCUAUAAGAAACGGGUUAUUACUGUGGUAAAUUUAUUUUACCAAACAAUACACUUCCCUGUUUUAAACAGUUAGUUAUAAUUUGGGUAAAGUUUCAUGAGAUAUUAUGUAGUGUUAACAGGCAAUUAAUAAUACUUGUUCAAAGAAAUAUUUGCUAGGUCCCUUGUAAGAGCACUCUCUUAGUUGGUAACCAAGCAGCGGGUAUUCUUAACCUCUUGAAGUUGAUGAUUGAAUACAAAAAUUAUAAAUGUUGCACUUAAACAGAAUUCGAUUAUCUCAAUGGAUACUAUUUCAUAUUUUCAUCACAAACCGCAAAUCAUGCUGGUGCAAAAUCUGCAUGUGUUAGAAUGGGUGGUCACCUUGCAAUUAUACCAGAUUGGGAAACUGAAAAUUUUCUUCGAAACAAAGGACUCAUUUACAAAUAUAGAACGAAAAAUUGGAUGACAAGCAAUAAUUAUGCUUACAUUGAUGCGGUAAAGACAUCAGAUGGAACUGGCUGGGAAUGGAGCACAACACAUGACAAGUUUUAUUUUAGAACAACUCCGCGUGGUGAUGAUGAAAACCGGUUUAAGGAAAAUGGAAUGCAUAACUACUGGCAUCCACAACAUCCAAGUACAGGAAGUACAGCAGUAUUAGGAACAGGAGCUUUUUCAUGGUAUUGGAUUUCUGUUGAUCCGUCGACUGUUGGUCAUUACAUUUGUCAAAUUCCAGUCACAUUAGAAUACUUCAAAAGAAGUCAAUAUAUGUUUUCUCCAUUCACUGCAAAUCAUGCUGGUGCAAAAUCUGCAUGUGUUGGAAUGGGUGGUCACCUUGCAAUUAUACCGGAUGCAGAGACUCAAACUUUUAUUCACACUAAAGGAGCUGCUUACAAGAGUGCAGGAAAAUGGAUGACAAGCAAUUAUACUGGUUUAAUAUGAAUUAACUGUUUUCAAUUAUUUCACUUACUUAUGUCUACUGUCUAGCCAUAUUACUUCAAUUUAAGGUUUUGUAGGCCAAAGUGAAAAAAUACAUACAAUAAUUUUUUAGUAAAACCCACCCACCUUAAUUGAGGUACUUUAGCAUAAUGAGAAAUGACAAGCCGCCUAAAAAAGAACUAUAAGUCAUUGUAACUGCAUUUUUAUCCAAUAAACCAAUCAACUUUUU